AUGCAAUUAGGGCCGCCACGCUGUUUCAAGUGCUCUGCAAAUGAGCACGCCGCGCUGGUAAGGAGUAAUGGAAUGAUUAAACCGCCUCGCCUCCCGCAGCCCGGCUGGCCUCUGCCUCCGCCGCCGCCACCACCAUCCCCGCCGCCCCCAGAUCGCGCGUGGGUCGCCCGGGGCGCCGGCUCCGCCGCUGGCGCCAGCGAGCAAGCAAGACGCCUCGCGAACCCUCCUCGCCAGCUUAGGUUUACUCGGUCCGCCCCGCUGCACCUUCCUUUCCUCGUCGUCGAACGCAAAGCCGGCGGCAACAACGAAAGGGCGCCAAGUGAGCGGGCUCCGGCGGCAAAGUACUUGAGUCCCAGGGGCGGAGCGGAAGGCCUCGCCGAGGAGGCGAUUGGGAGCUGGCUGGAGCCUCAUCCGGCGCGGAUCCCUCGCGCCGCCGCAUUAGCGGGGAUCCUGUUUCAAUUUGCCAGAUCACAGAGCGCGCAGCCCGCGCCGACGCCGACGCCGACGCCGGCGCCCCGGUGUUUUGUUCUUCUUAACGUCGCACCGGUCCAACUUGGCCCCGGCGCCGCCUGGCUGUGCUAA